AUGAGCAGGAAUCAAUCAUUUGGCAGUAGAUCUGUAUCGGGUAGCAGGAACUUCACUGCUGCCUCGGUUGGAGGUGGUGGUGGGGGUGGUGGUGGUGGAGUUAGAACCAGCUUUAGUUCAGUCUCUAUGUCUAGAGGUGGUGGUGGUGGUGGUGGUGGUGUUAGUGGAGGUGGUGGUAGCGGUGGAAGUUUUGCCCGUUCUGGAGGGUUUGGUUCCAGAAGCCUUUAUAACCUUGGUGGAACCAAGCAAAUUUCAAUCGCUACUGGUUCCCGAAUUAGUAGUGGUGGUAGUGGCUUUGGAUAUGGUGGGGGAGCAGGGGGUGGAGGCUUUGGUGGAGGGGCAGGAGGUGGUGGGUUUGGUGGAGGGGCAGGAGGUGGAGGAUUUGGUGGUGGUGGAGCAGGUGGGGGAUUUGGUGGUGGAGGAUUUGGUGGUGGGGGAUUUGGAGGCUUUUCUGAUGGAGAUUUGGGUGGUCACAAUUUUCCUGUAUGCCCACCGGGUGGAAUUCAACAAGUGACCAUUAACCAGAGCCUAUUAGCACCACUUAAUCUGCAAAUUGAUCCAACUAUUCAAAAAGUGAGAACAGAAGAAAGAGAGCAGAUCAAGAACCUUAACAACAAAUUUGCAUCAUUCAUUGACAAGGUCAGAUUUUUGGAACAACAAAAUCAGGUCUUGAAGACAAAAUGGAGUUUCUUGCAGGAACAAGGAACAAAAGGUGGAUCAAAAAGAAACAACAUUGAGCCACUUUUUGAGGCUUACAUCAGUAACCUUAGACGACAGUUAGAUUCACUGAUUAAUGACAAAAGUCGUCUGGAUGGAGAACUGAGGAACAUGCAAGAACUAGUAGAAGAUUACAAAAACAAAUAUGAGGAUGAAAUAAACAAGCGGACUGCUGCAGAGAAUGAAUUUGUGGUACUGAAAAAGGAUGUGGAUGCGGCGUACAUGAACAAAGUGGAGCUGGAGGGUAAAGCUGAUUCAUUGUCUGAUGAGAUCAACUUCUUGAGAACACUGUAUGAUGCGGAAAUGAGCGAUCUUCACGGUCAGAUCUCCGACACUUCAGUCAUUCUGUCCAUGGACAACAACAGAGUUCUAGAUCUUAAUGGUAUCAUUGCUGAGGUUAAGGCAUCAUAUGAGGACAUUGCACAGAGAAGCAGGGCUGAGGCAGAAGCAGCCUAUGCCAUGAAGUUCCAGCAGCUACAAGAAACAGCAGGUCAGCAAGGUAGUAGUCUAAAGAGCACCAAAAGUGAGAUAGCUGACCUGAACCGAAUGAUCCAAAGACUGAAGGCUGAAAUAGAAAACCUGAAGAAACAGUGUGCUAAUCUGCAAUCAGCUAUAGCAGAAGCUGAAGAACGUGGUGAGCUUGCUCUUAAGGAUGCCCAGAAGAAGCUUGAUGAACUUCAGGCUGCCCUUAAAAAGGCAAAGGAAGAUCUGGCCAAGCAGCUGCGUGAUUACCAGGAGCUGAUGAAUGUGAAGUUGGCCCUGGAUGUUGAGAUUGCCACCUACAGAGCAUUGCUGGAAGGAGAAGAAUGCAGAAUGUCAGGCGAAAUCACAAACCCUGUGAACAUCUCUGUGGUCAGCGGUACUACUUCCUACAGUAUUGGAGGAGGAGGUGGUGGAUUUGGAGCUGGAGGUGGAGGAUUUGGAGCAGGAGGUGGAGGAUUUGGCGCCGGAGGUGGUGGAUUUGGUGCUGGAGGAGGAGGAGGAUUUGGUGCAGGAGGCGGUGGAUAUGGAGCAGGUGGUGGAGGCUAUGGAGGAGGUGGUGGAGAAUUUGGAGCUGGAGGAGGAGGCGGAUAUGGAGGUGGUGGAUUUGGUGGAGCCGGUGGAUAUGGAGGAGGUGGAUCUGAUUUUGCAGCAGGAGGAGGUGGUAGUGGAGGAUAUUUUGGAGGUGGUGGAGGAGGCGGAGGAGAUUACUCUAGCAGGCAAGGCAUGAAAAUUAUCUCCAAAACAUCUUCUUCCUCUUCAGUCAAAAAGAUACAUUAGGUCAAUUUCUAUUAGCUAGAAUCAUUUCACCACCUGUUUCUUAACUCAUCAGAUCAAAACCAAAUGCCAUGCAUUUUACAGUAUAUUAGACUGUAGUAUGGUGAAUAUACCUGGUACCAAAUUUUAGCAUCGUUUACUUGAUUGCUUAAUCUCCAACUCUACUAGUUCCAUUUUACCAUCCAGCCUGAUUACAUCUGUCUAUCAUACAGUAUUUGCUCCCAAUUUUUUCAUGAGUAGAAGCUAUUACUGUAGUUUCAAUUUGAGUCCCACCAACUGGUAGCUCAAAACUACUCAGGGUUCAGCCUAAGCAAAGUGAAUGGCAAAUAUUACUGUCGCACAGGAAAAUCUCUGCUUGGUUUACAGUGCACAUUUCUUUAAGGUCAUGGAAAAGGAAGUUUCAGAAAUAUGUCACUAUGCUACAUGUUUGCUGAAAGAAUGUCAGUCGUUAUUACAUCUCUGCUUGGUCUACAGUGCACAUUUCUUUAAGUUCAUAUAAAAGGAAGUAUCAGAAAUAUGCCACCAUGCUACAUGUUUGCUGAAAGAAUGUCAGUCGUUAUUACAUAGUUACAAUAUUUUCAUCCAGUCCAAGAAAUGUAAGAUCGUUAAGAAAUAAUCCUGCCACAAAGGACAUUUUCCGUUUUCAGAACUGUUUUGUAAUAAUUGGGUACUAGAGCACAGUGGAAUAACUCAUAAUACUUAAAACAAAACUUGUUCCCUAAAUCUUCUUUUGAAAUCUCUGAAACACACUGUUGCUGCUAUUUGGCAAAAUAGUUUGUGAAUAACCCAUCUUUUAAAACAAUUUAUACAAUCCAUAGCUUGUUUCUACGGUUGGAGAUGAUGGUAAGAAAGUUAUUCAUGACCUAGCUGAGUAUUUUUGAGAUUUCAACAAGUUAUUUCAGGUACAUUAGGUCCUAUAUCAAGUCUUCCAUUUGUAAAACAUGGCAUAACACAUUUAAACAGGUAUAAUUUUUUUUUUUUUGAAGCUCUACCCUUUACUUAGAUAUAAUUCCUAACUAGCGACACUUAUUUCUUAGGGACAAAAAUGUAUCCCUCUUUCUUGACAGUCAUUACAUUGUCUUGUUUAAUAUACUGUUUACAUCAUACCAAUGCUAUAAGUUUAUGUUAUGUGUCCAGCAAGCGGAAAUGUGCCCCGAUGUAAAGCAACGCAGCAAAGCUACAAGUUCAUGUUCAUUAAAUACCUGAUCCUUGUUCUUGUUCUUUGUUACAAUAAAUAUAUACUGUAUAAACAGCCACAGUUUUCAUGUAUUGUAUAUUGCACCUUAUGCUUUUGUCACUAUACUAUUUUUGCAAACAGAGGCUUACUCUUGAGUCAUUCUUUUGCUCAAAUGUUUAAACCUUUUGAACUGUCUAUUUUGUUUGUCUAAUA